AUAAAAGAAGUAUCUAAACUUCCUCUUUUACACAUCAAAAUCCCCUGCCAACUUCCUCCUAUAAUUCCAACCAUCCUCUCUCACACAAAACCCAAAAAUGUCAGAAACCACUCCCACCGAUUUCGAAGAUUGCAGGGGAGUCCUCCGAGUAUACAAAGACGGCACAAUCUGGCGCUCUUCCCAGCCCAGUUUCAACGUCCCAAUCACCCCAAACGCCGCCGUCGAGUGGAAAGAUUCAGUCUUUGACCCUACAAACAACCUCCAACUCCGCCUCUACAAACCCACUUCACUCCCCACCACCGCCGCCACCACAAAGCUCCCAAUCUUCUACUACAUCCACGGCGGCGGCUUCUGCAUCGGCUCCCGGACCUGGCCCAACUGCCAGAACUACUGCUUCAAGCUCGCCACCGAGCUCCAGGCGGUGGUGAUCGCCCCCGACUACCGGCUGGCGCCGGAGGACCGUCUCCCGGCGGCGAUUGAGGACGGGUACACGGCUCUGAAGUGGCUUCAGGGACAGGCUCUGGCGGAAGAGCCGGACACGUGGCUGACUGAUGUGGCGGAUUUUGGGAACGUGUUCAUUUCCGGUGACUCUGCCGGCGGGAACAUUGCUCACAAUUUGGCGGUUAGGGUCGGAGCCGGGUCGGUUGAAUUGGGUCCGGUCGUGGUGAAGGGUUAUGUGCUUCUGGCGCCGUUUUUCGGCGGGACGGUUUUGUGCGAGUCGGAAGCUAAUGGGCCUGUGGAUGCGUUUCUGAAUUUGGAGCUCAUUGACAGGGUUCUGGAGACUGUCAGUUCCUGUUGGAGACACAACUGAUCACCCAUUGAUAAACCCAUUUGGGCCGAGCAGCAAGGAUCUGGAACCGGUGGCUCUUGAUCCGGUCCUGGUAGUGGUUGGGGGAAGUGAUCUUCUGAAAGAUCGUGCAAAAGUUUAUGCAGAGAAGCUUACUGAGAUGGGGAAGAAGAUCGAAUACGUCGAGUUCGAAGGCCAGCAACAUGGGUUCUUCACCAUUGACCCUGAAGCCGAACCUGCUAAGAAGCUGAUGGGAGUGAUCAAGAGGUUCAUUGCUGAGAAUUCCAGUUGAAUUGUGGAGUUUGCCUUCGGUGUUUGUUGUUUGGCAGCUUCGUUUUCCCAAAUAAACUUGUUUCCUUUCGUUAGUCAAAUCUUGACAUUGUUGCUCUGUUUAAACUUGGAUCAAUCUGUCAUCAUGUAUCUCAAUCUAAUUAUGGAAAAGACUUCAUAGUUAGGGUGUUCAUUCUUCCGA